AUGCAGACUGUUCGGCUACCACCUCCUCUCCCGCCUCGGCGUGUGCCCGUCGCCUCGAAGGCAGUCAUCAGCAUUGACUGGAUGGAAACAGGUGUUGUCAGCGAAGAUGACUCGACCAAAAUCGUCGAGCUACCACCUCUACUGCCUGCUCGACCGAUUGUUCCUACAGCCCAACUGGCGCAGGUCAGCAUUUUCACCAGAGAGGUAGACAUUGUCACAGAAGAGACGACGCAUUCGGAGCCGUCAGCACCUGCACUCCCACCACGACCAAUGACAAUCACAUCCAACUACGAACAACCUAGCAUCGAAGACCUGGAAGAAGAUGUAGAAGUCUCCUCGACCGUCACUCUCUUAGCAACCGAAGGAGAGAGCACAACCCAACAAUCCCUCUACACCUCCUUACCAUUCCAACCCACAUCCCAAAUCCGCAUCCUCGAAAUCCAACCUGGCCCUCUCAACUCCCCAAUAAUCUGCAACCUCGUCGUCCAAGACAUCGACCUCACUACCCCACGCCGCCCUCCACCAACCAUCCACGGCGACAUGCUAGGCGACAUGUUCAACUCCAAAGGCGUAAUCGACUACUUCCGCCGCAACACCAGCAAAGACGACUUCAUUCGCGACCUCCGCCCGUGGAUGCCAAAAUCCUAUCGCGAACGUUAUCAAGAAAAAGUCGUCGCUGCCCAUGCAGCUGAAUCAGCAUUACCCGCUUUUAACGCUUUAUCUUAUACAUGGGGAAGUUGGGAUGAUUCGACGAGUAUUACGAUCGUGAAUUCUGAGAGCGGAGAAGAGGUGGAAUUUCCAGUUACGAGGAAUCUGUUCAACGCGUUGAGGAGGAUUAGGAGAGAGCAAGAAGAUGUGAUUCGAUUAUGGGUCGAUCAGAUUUGUAUUAAUCAGCGGGAUGAAGAGGAGAAAGCGUGGCAGGUGAGAGCCAUGGGGAAUAUUUAUAGUUUGGCGUGGGAUGUGUUUAUUUGGUUGGGGGAUUUGGAUGAUGAGGAUUUGGAGCCUUUGAAGUCCAACUGUUCUGAAGGUCGGCGCCAAAUCGCAGAACGCUUACUCGAAGUUAUGGAACAUGCCGAAGCGACCUGGUGGACUCGAACUUGGUGUAUUCAAGAAUUCAUGAUGGCACGUCAAGAUCCGAUUGCGCUCUUCGCCGACUGCCAAAUCCGCUGGACUGAAGCGGUCAGUGCUGGCAAAAAAGUCAAAGAGGAUCGCGAACUUCGUGCGUUUAAGCCUUCGAAUCUGAAGAAGCAUAUCUGGAAAAACGAUGACUCGAAGCCAGAACCUGAGCCAGAUGAGAAUGAUCCUGUCGAGCUUGUCGGCGCGCCGUUCUUCAGCUUCCAGCGGAUCAAGUACAUGUCGAGUGGCGUACGCACACUUGCUUCGAUGUAUUGGGCAUAUUCGCAGACGGAGGCGACUGAUCCUAGGGAUAAGGUGUACAGUUUGCUGGCACUCAUCGAACCAGCUGAGAGUGCUCUUGUUGAGAUUGACUACAAGAAACCGGUGCCCUGGGUUUAUGCUGAAGCAACAUAUGCUUCCAUUCUCGCAAGUGGGAACAUUCACAUUCUGGGCUUGGUCAAGGGAGACAGAUCCGAUCUGGAGCUACCAUCCUGGUGUGUGGAUUUCAGCUAUGCUGGCAAAGCGAUCAACCAGAGCUGGAUUGACACGGGUGAUUUCAGUCAGUAUCUAUUUGCACCCGUGGAUGCUUCCAGAGAGGCAAAGAAAAGUGCGGGUGAGAAGGGAGGGAAUAAUCAGGUCUUACCUUGGACGAAUCGACUCCAAUGUGCGACUGCCAAGGCUAGUUUGAGUGUUAGACGGCAAUUGCUGGUGCUGAGAGGACUGGAAUUUGACGUCGUCGUGAAGACAAUCCAUAAGAGGACGAGGAAGGUAUACUGGGACAACUUGAAGACCAGCGCACUAGACCUGUUGAAAGCACCUCUAGGCCUGUUCUUUGAUGGCCCAAUCAUGUUGACCAAGAAUGAGCAGGCAGCCUUUCAGUCGGUGCUGGAUCUUAUGGAAGGAGCUGGGAGUCCUUAUGAGAAGCUUGCUCGGAAUGCAAGAGUAACAGAAAGCCUCGCAUCCACACUCGGAUCAGAAGAAGACUUGGACUCGACAACGAGCGAAGAUGAAGAAAAAGUCUCCAUGUUCUCUUUUCGCCUUUUCGAUGUUUGGAGCCGCAGAUUCCUGCGCGGACACGUCUCUGGACUUACGAAAGUGGCCUGGAGACGAUAUGGUCUGUGGAAGUUAUACUUUCGACAUCUCUGCCACGGGGAUGCAUUCUUCUUCACGAGCAAUGGUUUCAUCGGCCUUGGACACAUUGACUGCCAGGUUGGGGAUCGCAUAAUCUUGCUGUACGGUAGUCGACAUCCUGUUCUGUUGCGGCCGGACAACGGGGCAAACCGGCACAAGUUCUUGGGCUUCUGUUUCGUUAAUGGUAUUAUGGACGACGAGUUGAGGAAGCUGGCGCCUGAUUUGGUCCUGGGCGAGAAGGAAUUUGUGUUGAGGUGA